AUGAGUGAGAAGAAGGCAUGUUUGUUUUCAAUUAUUCUCUUUAGCAAGGAGGGCGAGAAAGUAAGUCUGUUCCUGGAGGAAUACUCUCUGGGGUCAUUCAGCUUCUUCAAAAGAACCCCCUUUCAAGAAAUGAUUAGGUUUAUUUCCAAUAGAAUUGUGCAGAACAUAGAGACAGACAGGUCUCAGGAGUUUGUGCAUAAAAUGGAGGAAGGCGACAGCUAUAAGUUCUUUGUGAGGGAAAGAAGGAAGUAUAUUUUUGUUAUCUCCUCCCUCCUGGAGUAUCCAAUCCCUACGCUCUGUCUUCUCAUUGACGAUAUUGCAAAGCACAUCCAGGAUGCAAACAUGGCGUAUCCGGCUGGAGACAGCGAGGCGCUUUUCCCAGAGGAGAAGAAAGUUAAGAUAAAGGAGGAAAAAGCAAAGCUAAAGUCCUUUGUAAAACAGCAAAUAAAGGAGUACCAGAACUACGAAGAGAAAGACGUAAUGCUGCAGAUCCAGAAUGAGCUUGACGAUGUCCACAAUCUGCUCUCUAAGACUGUGGAGAGCGCAAUAGGAAGAGGGCAGAAGUUGCACGACUUAAUAAACUCUGCAGAGCAGCUCUCCUUCCAGACAAAAAGUCUAUAUAGGCUGAGCAAGAAGCAGAACCAGAAGUGCUGUGGAAUUAUGUGA